AUGCUAAAGGUCAAUUCCAAAUCUAGGACAACCCUAGCAAGCACUCCAUAAUCUACAGCGGAAAGUAAUCGAUAGAAUCUCUUAAUUUGGGAUCAGAUGUUUGGAAAUUUUAACAAUCCUCUUAAAUCUAAAAAUCAGGCAUAGAGAUUGGCCGCAUAAAAAUAUUAAUUGAUGAACGAUCCAAUAUGUACUUCAUCUCCUUUGCAUAAGCCAAACCCAUUUUCGUUUAAUGAAAAGCUAAGAUAAGGUUUUCGAGAAUAUUUAUGCGGGGAACGUUCUGCUCUCAACUUAGUUAAUGAAUGCAAUCACUUGAAUAGAAAGGAAGCCAAGUUAAAAAGUAGGAUAAAACUAAUUAAAAGAGCCAAUAUGUUCGCAAAUUAGUUGUAAAUUGGAAACAAAUACAAGUCACUACAUUAACAAGGACUUACAGAUGAAGAAAUUGAGAAAAAAGUGAGGGUCUUUUAAAGAUUUGAGAAGAUUAAGAAACUAGUUUAAAAGAAUUCUCAGACAGAACCGAACGAAGAAAACAACCUUAGAGAUGUGUAACUUUUUAGACAACUUUAUGAGGUGAGUGAAGAGAACAAAAAUAAAAUAAAGCAAAGAAAUCUAUUAACUGAGAGAGCUGAUGGGUAGCGUGAAUUUAAUAAUGUAAAAUACAAAACUCAUGGGUAAUUAAGAGUUAAAAAAGUGGAAUAAUAAAGAGGCAAUACUGUUAGUUGCGAAAAGAAAUCAUUUAUUAAGUAAAAGGUUCGAGAUGCUAUUAAUGAACAAUUGAGAGGAUUUUUAAAGGAGCGAUAAUAAAAGGAGAAGGAUAUUUUGAACAAAGCCAAAAGGAAAAUGCUUAUGAAGAAUAAUCAGUAUCAAGGGUUUUAAAAGGAGAAAUAUAUUUUGAAUGAUCCUCUCAGUAAGGAUGUUAAAUUAUACGCUUAUAUGUUUAUGAAGAACAAAGACAAAGGAGCAAGAACAGACAUAUCAGAGAGAAUGUGCAAUACUUCCAGAAAUGAGGAGAAACCAAAACAUUUCAUAAAGAACUUCAACAAUGAAUUAACAUCUCGCAAUGUAAGCAUGUCUAAUGAUUCAUCUCUUAAUUCUAUGCUAGAAAUCAAUAUAGACAAUAUGUAUAGAACAAGCAAUACUAUAUAAAGUUAAAUUCUUUAAAGCGAUGCUGAAAAAUUCGUCAGAAGGAUUAAACAAUUUUAAAAAGUCUAAUAACUCAAUUUUGAAAUCAUCAAAGUGAACCAACAGAAACUUUCAAGUGAACGAAAGUCCAUUCUGUUUUGA